GCCCUCAACUUUUUGUUGCCCCCAUUCUUAGCUUCCCCAUUGGCUGAGCUCCAAGCCCUCUGAGCUAUCUCUUUUGUCUUUCUCUGGAGAAAAGAGAAAACAAACAAAGAGCACCACUCUCCCAUAACCAAAUAACCCAAAAGCUUUUCAACAAAACAAAAAAGAAAAAGAAAAACAAUAAUCUUAAUAAUAAAGAGAAAGUAGCAGUGAGAGAGUAAUAGAGUAGAGCCAGCCAUCACUACUACUACUACCCAGAAAAAAAAAAAAAACAAAAAGAAAGCAAAGAGGGCCAAUUAGGGCUCCGUCGGAAAGUUGAACCCAAAAAGGUAACGCCCUCUAAGCUUUUCUCUCUCUUACCACCACACGUACCCACUUGGUGCUCUCAGUGCUUUCCAUUAUCCGCCAUUUGGAGCUAGAGGAAGCAAAUGGUUUAAAAAAAUUCUGGGUUUUGGUUAGUACUGGGUCGGAGCCGUGCUCUGCUUCUUCUUGUGUUGCUCGAGCUUUCAAGAUUGUGAGUUUCAGAGAUUUUGCUUUUUGUGCCUUUGUUCAAGUUUUGGGGAUUUGGGUAUUGCUUUUGAAAUUGCUUUUUCUGCUGAAUUUGAAGCUUUUUGUCACCAGUUAUCAGUUAUGGCGGUUUUGUGUGGUAUAAUUGAGCUAGCUGUAAUCGUCGUUGGGCCAUGGAAUCUAGGGUUUUGAUGACCCAAGGUUCUUUUAAUAAUUGAACAACCCCAAAGCAGUGAUUUUGUGGGAUCAAGAAAGAAAGCGUUGGCUAUACGCGAUGUGGAAUUUCAAUUCGUUCAGAAAAAAUUUCCGUUGAUUUGAAUUGCUUAGUUGAUUGUAUGCUGUCCUUUGUUAGAGAGAUUGGGAUUUAAUUGUGGAAAAAUAGAAGGAAAUGGCGAUGGAGUCCAACACGGGGUUUCACCACGACGAAACUUUCGGGUACGGUUUGAACCGACACGCGAUAUCAUUCCAGUCUGGGGCCAUAAACAGCACCUCGGGUAUGAUUCCGAUGGGGAAUUACUUUGGGACGGAUGGGGGCAUGAUGUUCUCUGCGAAUUCGGGUAUCAUUAACAACAACGCUGUAAUUAGUCAAUCUGGGAAUUCAUCAGGUUCUCUACUUCUCGAUUCGGUGCCCGGGCUCAAGCACGACACAGGCUUAGCUGUUGAGUGGUCUGUGGAGGAACAAUUCAAAUUGGAGGAUGGCCUUGUCAAAUAUGCCGAGGAACCAAGUAUUAUGAGGUACAUAAAGAUUGCGGCAACAUUGCGUGAUAAAACUGUGCGUGAUGUUGCUUUGAGGUGUAGAUGGAUGACGAGAAAGCGUAGGAAACCUGAAGAACAUAUUAUGGGAAAGAAGGGGAACAUUAGGAAGGAUAAACUGGUGGAGUCUUCCUCAAAGACAAACAUACUGUCAGCUCCACCACUAGACAUGGCUGCAUAUUCUCUUAUGGUGCACCAUAUGGACCAUAAUGAGCGUUUGCAUUGUGAAGGAAUAAGUGGCACAGCCAAGCAUCUGUUGGAGCAAAAUGCUCAAGCUUUUAGUCAAAUCACAUCUAAUCUUUCUACAUACAAGUUACAGGAAAACAUUGACCUCUUCUGCCGCACGAGGAACAAUAUAACUUCAAUCCUAAAUGACAUGAGAGGUAUGCCUGGCAUAAUGAGCCGAAUGCCACCAUUGCCUGUAUCCAUUAAUGAGGAUCUUGCUAAUAGUAUCUUGCGUAAUACAACUUAGACAAAUCAAGGUCCUGAAUCCUGAUGGACUGCCUCAUUGUCUGAGCGCAAAGUGUACAAGUUGGGAAGCAGAGUUGCAAAUAUCUGACAAGGCCCUACGCAGAGCCUCCUCAAUUCAAAUCUUGGUCUCAAUAUGUCAUUUGAUCGUGUAGUGCUCCAUCCCCUGGCAGCAUGUGUCAUGUCUAAAUACAUAUUAUGUACCCUUACUCUCAUUUGUGCAGAAAAUAAGUGAUAUAUAAAUAUAGUUGGAGCUGCAGGCACUUUUUUUUCCUUUUUUCUUUUUCCUUCUCUUGUAAAUUUCAAUUUAUAAUUGCUAAUUGUACCACU